AUGACGCAAGGGUGCACUAAUUCAUUUGUUUUCGUCUAUAAAGGUCAAAGAUUUUGGGUCUCUUCAUCAUUUAUUUUACAUCUGUACUUCAUGCGGGCAACUUUUUUAAAUCAUUUAUAUGAGACUUCUUGCAAAAACAAUCGGCUGGAACAUUUGUUAUAUGAACGACCGCUAGAAGAAGUCAAUGAACUAGAAAGGAAACGCAGAUGUUUAGAAGUUAAAGGGAACAAACGACUAGCAGCAAAACAAAAGCAACAACUUCAGGAGAAAAAAAAUGUGAUAAACGCUAGACUUUCGAUUAAUUUCGUAACAUUGGUUGGUUACAAGCGCCUCCAGUACGCUGGACCACAUGAAUCGAGGACAGUCGUCAGUCGCUUGUACAAUUUUGACAAACUUACAAAUAUCAGUGGGGGCUUUCGAUUAUAUCUUCGACUCAUGACAGAUGCUAUAUUAAACGAGAUCUGUGACAAGAUCGAUGAUCAGAGUGACCGUUUCGAUAAAGCGAAGGACAUGGAUCUAUGUGUUUCGCAAGUCUUGCGCUAUGCGUGGUCUCAACUAAGUGAGAAAGAACGGUUGAUAUAUGAAAUCGUGGCACGACGUAAAAUUAAGGAGAAGUGCCAAGCCGAACUGAAUAAAAUGAAGAAUGAUCGAAAUACCGGAUUAGAGAAAAAUAUGGGGGCAGCAGAGGUCCAGUGGAUCCGUUCGUUACCAGCCAUGCCCCUGAGCGAAUUUAAGUUCAUGUCAGCAUGGGCCAAAAAGCAGAAAGAAAAUGAAUAUUAUCAUGUACAUUGUAAAGGGGUUCGAUGUCCAUUUUGCGAAAACUCCAUUUUGAAAGACAACACUUUACAGUUUGAAAUGAUGUUUGCAAUGCACACAUUGAUUUGUGCCGAGUGUAAUCUUCAAGUACCUUUAUCAUCUUUGAGUGAUUUGUCCAGCGAAAAAAAGCAUAUCAAGCUGCAACGUUUGUUGAGCUAUCACAAUACAGACAAAUUGGUAUCAUGUGUUGUAUUAUUUGCUGUUCGGCCUUCUGAGGUGGAAUAUGUAACGAUGAAAGCUUGUACGAUGAAGUGUGGAAUACCGCUGCAGUGUAAAUUUUGUUCACACAAAUUUAUCUCCGCUGUGGAUAUUGAAAAACAUCCAUUAAGUGAACAUUCUGCGAAAGUGACUAAACUGAAAUGUCCGGUGUGCCCGCGUUUUUACAUUACUGAUUGUUUUUUUAGAGACCACUUAUUAUCACAUCUUGGUGAAGUGCAUUCGAUGACAGGCCUGUUAUAUAAAGCAACAUUUUGGCCGUCAGCUUUUUCUCGUGAAACAACUUUUAAAAUGGGACCAUCACUUCAGAAAAUCAUUGGUUCUGAUAUGACAGAGUCAUCACGAGUCGAAAAACUCAAUGAUCUCUCUGAUGACGAGGAUGAGUCAUAUGAGAAGUCUAUAUUGAGAGGAAAAGGAAGGGUUAAUGAGAAAAAAAGGUCAAAAAAACUUAAGAAAGGAACUGAUCAAGAUUUGUGUUACUACUGUAGACAUGCAAAACAGGUGACAACUAAACCAUUACAGUCUAGUCUUUGUCGAUGCAGGAAAUCGAAACAGGAACCAGAAUCGUUCAUAGCGCAAGAUUCUUUCGUCAACUCGCUUGUAGAAAAAUUUACUCGGGAAGGGCGGCUUUAUGUCGACAAGAAGGAUUCCAUUUUGGAUACUAGUAUUGGCGCAAUUAUUGAUGAUAGUGUCUUCAUUUGUGUCAAAUGCAAGGGUCUUCAUCUUGACGAUCAAAACACACUGAAACACCUUCGGAUUUGUAUGCAAAAGGAUGUCGAAUCUCCGGAUCCGGAAAAGCAUUAUGAUCUAAUGGACAGCAAAAUUGUUAUUCGGCUAACUCCUCCACAUUGUUCUCCAAAUGGUAGAAUUAGUUGUCCAGAAUGUGAAGUGACAUCCUGUUCAAUCGCUGGCUUACGUCGACAUCUGGCUCUGGAUCAUGGCAUUUUUGCAUAUUAUAAUAUUCCAGAAAGUCACAGAGGUAUUGGCAUCAUGGAAUAUGUCCCAUCGAGAACUACCAAAGAUACAAAACUUGAUAUUGCUACAAGGACAAAUCUAGGGUUGAAUUUGACGCCAACUGGCAAUUUUAAGCUGCGUCAAGACAAAAGGCCGCAGUCACCUCCUCUGAUUAGUGAGAGUAGUGCAAGACUUACUUCCAAAAUGUAUGCAGCAGAAAAUCUCCAAGCAGAUUCAAUGUCAGUUGAGACGCGACCAACUUUAGUGCAGCCUCUUGUGGAGCCACCACAAAGUUCAACAAUAAUGGAUAAAUUUAUUUGCAUUGUUUGCUCUGUGACCAGUGAUUCAUCGCAGCAGUUAGCAAAUCAUUUCAUUCAUUCCCAUCUAUAUUUGUGUUCUGAAUGUGGAAGUGGUUUUAUUGAAAGGCAGUGUCUUUUGUCCCAUUUGACUGCUUGUCAAAAGUGGCCUCGAAAUUGUUCGGAUGGAGAGUUUUUCCCACGUUGUCCAAUUUGUAAUUUCCUUUUACUCACUCCCGAACGCUACUUCUAUCAUUUGCUGCACUCUCACAAAACGGACAUAUACAUCAAUCAAAAAAACCAACAGAUAAAUCCAAUGUUUAUUUGGAAGAAAUUGUCUUUAACGGAUGCUGCGAAAUUCAGGAAGACAGUGGAUAAAUUGGCAGUCAAAAGUCAUGCUGAUUUUGUGGCAGAAAAUGUGGUGUAUUCAUCUGCUCUUCCGAAGAGAAGUGCAAGUAGUGCGGAAUCUGCUGUUGCAAAUAAAUUUUUAUGCGUCCUUUGCGAAUUAGAUUUUCCAAAUCAAGCAGAAUGCGACAUCCAUCUGCAGAAACAUUCGGAGCAGUGGACCUGUUGUCCGGGUGUAAAAAUAGUGUGCAGUCUGUGCCGGAGUUUAUCUUCCUGUGAAUUAACUACGCCGCUAUCAAUUAAGCGCUGCGAGGAACAAAUGAUCCGCCAUAUUUUGUAUGCAUGUAAUGGUACUCAAGUGUGCUUCCUUUGCAACGAUGGUGCUGUGUAUUCACCUGAGAAACUGAAAAAACAUCGCCUCAGUGAACAUCGCGUGAUUUUUGAAAGGUUCGGGUGCUCGGAAUGUUCUCGAAAAUUCCAUACUUGUAGUGCAUUUAGGAAACACUCUUGCAAUGUAUCGUUAAGGUGUUCAUGUGGAAUUAAUUUUUUGGUAAUUGUCAAGUAUGCUUUCAAGAAGGACCAGCUUUUUUCCCAUGUUACUUCGCAUCGGAUUAUCGUAAAUGGUACAAGGCAAUUGGUUCAGCUGGGCACGACGGAAAGUGUGAUUUCGUUUCCUGCGCCUAACAUCGGGAUGCACAGUAAUAUGAACAUAAAUGUUCCAUCUAAAGAACGUAACGAUACUGCAUUUCCUUUUGGGAAAGUGAAGGUGAACAAUGAUGACGAUGAAAUCGAGUUUUUAGGACUCGGAUGCAUUGCAAAUGAUGCAAACAGUAGUGAAAAUAAAGAUCAGAAGAGACAUGGUGAUAAUAGUGACGUAGUAUUCGUGACAGAAACUCCAACUGAUUUUAUGACCAAUGUUCGACCAGAAAUCGAUGCUGUUAUCGAAGCAGUACCUUCAUUUUGUACACGUCCCACAAGAACUACGAAAUCUGCACUAACUAUCAAAUUUUCAGAAGAUGAAACUGCAUCUGUUGAAUCUGGUUCAGCUGCUGUUGUACUUGAUGCUAAUGCUGCUAACAUCGUAUGCGGUGUUACAGAUGGGCAGAAUUCGACAAUCACAAAUGAACGUUCAAUCACUAUUGUAGAAAAAGAGUUUAUUUCUACAAAACCAUCAUCUGUCCAUACAGCCAUUGAUGAUGAGAAUGAUGUAUCAAUCAUUGAUGAAUUAAAAAAUGUAGAUUUUCGAUUCCAUAAUUUCUGUGCUAAAUCAUUGAUAGUUUACCAAUUGCACAAGGAGAAUCCUGGUAUCAGUAAAGAAAUUUCAGACGAAGUGCAAAAAGUUGACAGAACUGGUGAUCCAGAUUUGCAAGUUAUUGGAAAUGCUGAAAGGUGCAUUAGGUCUCGUAAGAUUUCAAAACGUGAAGCGAAGUUCUGCUGCAGUCAGUGCACCGAGAAGUUUCUUACAAGGGCUUCUUUGCUGAUACAUAAAGAAACUCACAAAUAUGAUGCUGGUCAAACGAUCGAAGCGGUCUAUGGAAUCCCUACUGAAACAAUUUUAUACAUAUGUCGUUUAUGUUGUUUGGCAUAUGAAUCGCAAGCAGUAUACCAGAUGCACAUGCGCACGCAUGGCAUGCUACAAAAUUGUGAACGGUGUUCUGUAGUAGCAUUUAAUGAGGAACAGAUUAGGAACCAUCAAAACCAACAUGUGCCAUCUGCCGAUAAACAACAAGCUGUUUAUGAUGAACGUUUAUAUCAUCAUAUGUUUAUUGCCCAUGCGCAGCCUAUACUUUAUUUCUGCAAAAGCUGUGGACUGGCAAACACUAAUGGGCGUGCCGUUUAUGAACAUAUAGUACAAAGACGAUGCUCUUGGCAAAUUUUAUCAUCAGUACCAGAAAUUGUGAUCAUGGGUUUUACGGCUGCAUGUAUAUUUCAUUAUCAGCCAACGAAUUCCGUUCAGUAUGAGAACAGAAUACGCAAUAAUGAGUUGGUUGUAGUUAUUCCAUCAGAAUGCAUUCAUCGGUCGUUCUUGUCUCAUCCAAAUGAUGUUAUUAACAUCACUUGUCCAACAUGUAACUCAUUGAUGAGCUUCCUGCGACUCCAGGCGGAAAAUCCGACAUUCACUGGGAGCUUGCCGCGUACCCUGAAUCAUGCUGCGGAUGACAGUGAUGGUAUGAUGUUCACGAUGUUAAAUAUUUGGAGAAUGAAAAACAUCGACCAACAAACUAGUACUUUGAAUGAUGGAAACCGACAAACAUCCACUUUAGUCAAUUUUUCUAGUACAUGCACAUUAUCUCAAGUUGCCACAUCAUCUGAUAAUCCGGCACGUGUUGCUCAGAGUGCUAUGCUGUUGCCAAUUUCUCAUUCAGAAGCUUGCAUUCCUCAAAAUCAAUCAAAAGGAAUGUCAAGUAACAUCGGUAUUAGACAGUCGUGUCAAUUUUCUUGGAUUCCAGCUCGGCAAGCAUUGGCAGUAGCCUCAGCCUCGGUUUUGUCCCCUUCAUCACAGUCACACCCUGUUGCUGAUCCGACAUCAGGAGCAGCUGCUGUUAUAUCACCACAUGGUACAAAUUUUCAACCGUCUAUCCCAACAGUGGCUCCGUCCACAUCCCAGCCGUCUGCAUCAUCCACCUCUAUGCAAUCGGAUUCUGAUUCAUCACCAUCGUCUUCGAAAACGCCACCCUAUUUACAGCCUUAUCGCGGUGUGCUCGAAGCAGUCGGGUUAACAGUUGGCACUCAAAUGAUUAACCGGGACUAUAUCGUAAAGAAUGCUGAAGGUGGAUACUUCUGUGCUAGACCUGGAUGUGCCAAUAUACGAAUCGAAAAGAUUACUAGUGGACGCGUUCAUAAUUUGCGUCAUAAUCCACAGAAUAUUUUUUUUUGUUUGGAAUGUGGUAGUGCAUUUCCAUUCGAAAAUCUCAUUGUGAAGCACAUGGUUGAGUUUCAUCAUCAAAAGCAGACACCACUACUGAACUUGCGCUGUCCUUUAUGUCCGGAAACUCUUCCAUUCACACGGGUAGAACUUUUUAGAAAGCAUAUGGCCGAGUCAACAGCACAUCCAACUGCUCAUUCUUUCACUUUUAAACAAAGAUGCAAACUACGUUUUUAUUCAAUAGAAGCACGACUGCGACAUGAGCACGAGCAUCGUGCAACGAAAAAUGCUAGGUAUCCUAUGACAAAUUAUUAUUCGUACUGGGAUAGUCAACUCGGACAGAUUGGCCAUGUUGUUUUGUAUGUGGUACGAGCCGAAACUGGUGGUCCAGUUCGCCACGAGCUGAUUUUCCGUAUAUUGAUCAUUCAUAUAUUCAUGCGUUUUCUCUUUGGGAAUGAGCAAUAUUUACGUCAUUUUGAAGACCAACAUAUAAUCAAAACGUCGGACACUUGGCGCUGUAAAAUAUGCAAUAUAGAACUUGACAACUGCAACGUUCAUGUACACGCGCUACAACGACAUUUUGUUAUUGGUGUUAAAACGGAUCGACGAAAACCUUAUGCCAUUGAAACGAGUGAUGCAAUGAUGCGUGCUUUUCUAGGCUGUUCAGUGCCAGAUAAUGCGAGGAUCUAA